CUCAAUGAUUGGUCGAAGGCAAAAUAUGGCUCCAUCCGCGUAAUUGUAAAACAAUGAUGAAGACAACAACAUGAAGAAAGGAGAUAUUUAAUGUUUCACAGCAAGGAACAUACGGUUUAGGACGUGGUUAUAUCUCACUAAGCCUUCAUCAUGCCUGCCUUCAGACAAGUGGGGGAGAAGCAGCUUCCCAACCCGGUGCUGUGUAUGGCCUGGUCUCCGAAGAGAGAUCUCAUCGCUCUGGCCAACACCACCGGAGAGUUGCUGCUGCAUCGCUUGGCGAGCUUCCAAAGAGUUUGGAGUUUACCGCCCAGUGAGUUCACCGGGAAGGAGAUCACGGCCCUCGCAUGGAGACCUGAUGGCAAAAUUCUGGCGUUCCACCUGGGAGACACGCAGCAGGUGGUGCUGUGCGGCGUGGAGAAGGCAGAGAUCCUGCACGUCUUCCCCAUGCAAAACUCUGUGACCUGCAUGCACUGGAUGGAGGUGACGGAGGAGAGCAGUGCCCUCAGCUCCUUCUACAACUCUGAGGAUGAGUCCAAACUGUUUCUACCCAAACUACCGACACUCCCCAAGAGUUACAGCACCACCUCAAAGAUCUUCAGUGAGGAGAAGUCUGAUGAGAUAAUGAACCUCCUGGGAGAAGUCAGGCUGAACGUCCUCGUCCUCGGGGGAGACUCUGGCUUCGUGGAACUGUUUGCAUACGGCAUGUACAAGAUCGCCACUCUGACCGGGGUUUCAGGAAGCUGCCGCAGCCUCAGUCUGUCCGGGGACCUGAAGUCUCUGUCCGUCAUCACAGAGGUCCGGUCUACAGACAACGACCCUCAGAUCUGCUACCUGCAGCUGGACACCGGCCUCCUCUCAGACUGCCUCCCGGAGGUGACCCGGAUGUCUCGUAAGUUCACCCACAUCUCGACGCUGCUGCAGUACCUGCACCUGUCCCUCACCUGCAUGUGUGAGGCGUGGGAGGACAUCCUGAUGCAGAUGGACCUGCGACUCACCAAGUUCGUUCAGGAGAAGAACACCAGCACUCAGGUUCAGGACGAGUUCCUGGAGCUCCUGCUGUGGGGACAGUCAAGCCCUGAGCUCCAGGCUCUGCUGAUGAACCAGCUGACGGUGAAGGGUCUGAAGAAGCUGGGUCAGUCCAUCGAGUCGUCGUACUCCAGCAUCCAGAAGCUGGUGAUCAGCCACCUGCAGAGUGGCUCUGAGGCUCUGCUGUACCACCUCAGUGAGGUGAAGGGCAUGUCUCUGUGGAAGCAGAAGUUUGAGCCCCUCGGUCUGGACUCUGCCGCUCUAGAAGGUGCGAUCACAGCUGUGGGCUCCUUUUCUCUGAAAGCAAACGAACUUCUGCAGGUGAUUGACAAGAGCAUGAAGAACUUUAAAGCCUUCUUCCGCUGGUUGUAUGUAGCCAUGCUGAGGAUGUGUGAGGAGCACGUUCCUCCAGAGCUCAACAAGAUGACUCAGAAGGACAUUGCCUUCGUGGCUGACUUCCUGUCUGAGCACUUCAGUGAGAACGAGGAGCUGUUUGACCGCAAAGGGAAGUACUUCAACGUGGAGCGAGUGGGUCAGUACCUGAACGACGAGGACGAGGAUCUGGUGUCCCCCCCCAACACCAAGGGGAACCAGUGGCUGAGGUUCCUGCAGGAGAGCUCGCAGCUGAAGGAGAGCCCCCUGCUGUUCCCCUCGUUUCCUCAGAAGUCUUUGCACUUCGUUAAGAGGAUGAUGGAGAGCGUCAUCGAGCAAUGUCUCCAGAAACCUGCAGAAGUGAUCGGCAGGUCUGUGCAGCAGGCCGUGUUCCUGCCCCUGUACACGGUGCCAGAGAGCUCUGAAAACACUCCCCGGCUGUUUGAGCUCCCGUCACUGUGGAACGAUAAGAAAGCCAAAAUGCAUGUCGUGGUGUUCUGCAUGCCGGAGGUUUCCCCCUGCAAGCUGUUCCUGUUGCGCAGAGGGACCGACCCCACCAGACACAUCCCCCACAGCGUGAUGUCCAUAGACCUGGGCCGUCCUCUGGAGGCGGAGGCUGAGGAGGGUGUGUUUCUCAGGCCGCACCGCGUGUACAGCUGCACGGACGCUCGUUUCUAUGACGACGAGAUGCUGACAGUGGUGCUGCAGGCGUCGGAGGAGGAAGGCAGGAGGCGGGUCUUAGCUCAGCUUCCUCUCUCUGCCGCGCUCAGCUCCAAGGAGGGGGAGGAGUUCAGCUGGGAGCCCGGACUCAGGUUAGACCAGCAGAGCGGUUCUGUCCCCUGUCAGAGUCUGGUUCUGGGGAACCAGUGGAGGGAGCUGGAGAACAUGAAGGCUCAGUUUGUGGCCGUCAACGGCAUCAGGAAGGUGGCCUGUGUGCUGAGCGGGAACCUGAGGCACAUCCGAGUGUUUGAGAUGGACGUAGAGGAUGAGGAUGAGGAGGGAGGAGAGUCUCAGAACGCCAGCGUUGACCAGGAGGGUCUGGACUCCACGAUGAACAGUGAGGGUCUGGAGGGGGGGAAAGAGGAGGCUGCAGAGGGAGCAGGGAAUAAGAUGGAGGAGCAGCUGGAGUCAGAGGAAGCCCUGGACAUCUCUUAGUGCUGAGGCUCAGAAACAAAGCACAGAGACAUGAGACUGGCUCGGUCUUGUGAUCAAAGGUACAUGUGGUGUCUAUAUGAAAUAAACAUGUUUCUGUUCAUGA